GCAUUUAGCACAACGAGUUAAAGGAGAGAACUCGCCAUAUUUCAGCUGGAGGUGUACUGUUAAUUUGAGCUUCUCAGAUUAUUUGAUACAUUACGUUGUCAUAUUGCUGUUAUUCUUCUACGUAAUGUUUCAGCGCUAGAUCUCUUAUGACAGGUCAGAAGCAUCAUCAUACUACAGUCCCGCUAGUUCCCCAGGCAUUAUUGAAAGAGGCCGUGAGAUGUUUACUAAUCGAUCAUUUUCAACUUUAACUUCCGGUACCAGCUGAAGUAAUGUGCUCUUUGAGUGCAAUGUCGAGCUUAAAGGUGUUCUUUAAUUUGUGACAACGAAUUUUUAUGACAAUGAAACGACACAGAAUGUAAACAUGCAAACUAGACUGAUAUUAUUGGGUGUCACAUAUUCAUUGAGUUUUACAGCUGUUGUUGGUUCAUCUGGAGAGUGUACUGAUCUCCAUGGCCGAACCAUAGCGCCGGGUUUACAUUACGUACCUGGCCCAGAUACGUGCACAUUAUGUGUAUGUGACAAUGGUAGUCCGAAGUGGUGCAAAGCUGUGCUGUGUUCUCCGCCACAAGAUUGCAAGUCAUUCCGCGUGGGCAACUCUUGUUGCGAAUUUAUUUGCCUGGAUGACACCUUGCCCAAAACAUCAUCUGACGGAAAUGGACCCGACGGUGGAACUGAAAUAAGUCUGCGAUUUAUUGCCACCGCUGUGACUAUAAUUUUAUCACUUUUCCUCUUUGUCUUUCUCAUUCAUCGUCUUAGACAGCGAAAGUUAAGAGGUCGUCAGAAUCGGCAGCUGAGCGAAGACGAGCGCAGUUUGGGGAGCAUCGGUUAUAUAGCCGGCAGCUUGGCGUAUUUGCCCGGCAGCAUGGGUUACUUGGGAGCUGGCAGCCAGGACCAUCACAUAGAGUUCCAUUACGAGGAGCCCCCAGCACACUACCCUCUGUGGAAACCUCCGGGGAACUACUUUCCCCGCGGCGAGGCACCCCCACCCUACGAAGAAGCCGUGGCAGCAGCAAGAGCAGAAGCGGCCCUGGCAGCUGCGGUCGCUUCUUCCAAUAACGCCCUGCAUUCUGGAGGAGGGAACAGUAGCACCAUAAUGACUUCAGGAACAGGGCAUAGGACCAUUCCAAUCAAUAUGGCGACUAGUGGGAGUUUCCGGAUUGAACCCACCAUUUCCACCGUAGGAAGGGAACAACGGUCGUUGGAGACGUCGGAACCUUCCAGACCCCGAUCGGCUGACAUCAUUUUAGAAUCUGUACCACCCAUCGAUUCAAGACAUUCCUCACGGUUAAUGGAGUUACCUUCGCCUUUCCCGAUGACGGCAGAGGAAGAAGGGGCGGUUGCUGCAAUACGCUCAGAUGCAUUUUACGAAGAUGUUCUUAUCGGUCCCCCUUCUUCUUUGUCUCCUGUUGAAUGUUUCAAUCCCAGUGUUACUGCCGUCCUUGGCAAGAGUAAGACUUGCGCCACCGCUGUGAACGUACCGGCACAAGCGGUUUCCACUAGCGAUACUUACUCAUCCUUGCAUCCUGCGUCUGUCAUAGAAGGUGCCGCGGCUGACGACAACGAUACUACAAGACUUUGUAAUCACAGGUUGUUGAAUGACCUGAAUAAGAGUUCGUUGGACAGUGCUGCAUAUAGUUGCUCGUAUCGGUGUCUCCCCCCGCCUCUUCCACCUGAUGAUAAUGAUGAUUAUCGGAGUGAGUGUGAGAACUGUAAAAGUACCCACGGAUCAAGUUAUUACUUGGAUCACGAGCCUAAUAUUACCUCGCCGCAAGAAACUAUGACGCUUCACCGGCGACCUCAGGACUAUGACACCGAAGAUCAGGGAUAUUAUCGCACAUCCCUCACACUGCCUACC